AUGAGAGAAAUCGUUCAUAUGCAAACUGGUCAAUGUGGUAACCAGAUCGGAGCUAAGUUCUGGGAAGUGAUCUCUGAUGAACAUGGUAUUGACCCAACUGGAACUUACCACGGUGAUUCUGAUCUUCAGUUGGAGAGAAUCAACGUUUAUUAUAAUGAAGCUACCGGUGGUAAAUAUGUACCUAGAGCUGUUCUUGUUGACUUGGAACCUGGUACCAUGGAUUCUGUAAGAUCGGGACCCUUUGGCCAGAUCUUUCGUCCAGAUAACUUUGUCUUCGGACAAUCUGGUGCUGGUAAUAACUGGGCUAAAGGUCAUUAUACAGAAGGUGCUGAAUUGGUAGAUUCCGUUCUUGAUGUGGUCCGUAAAGAAGCUGAAAGCUGUGAUUGUCUUCAAGGAUUCCAGUUGACCCAUUCUCUGGGUGGUGGAACUGGUUCUGGUAUGGGAACCCUCCUCAUCAGUAAAAUCCGUGAAGAAUAUCCAGAUAGAAUCAUGAACACUUUCUCUGUUUGUCCUUCACCAAAGUAUGAUGAGUUCCAAGUAUAUAACUUUUAUGGUUUUUCUCAAGAACACCAAGAUUUAAUGAAUUAUGACAUAAGCCAGUGUUAUAACAACAAUCAGAAAAUUAAAAUAGAUUUUCAAAUUCCAGGUAAAUAUCAGAAAAAUGCAGAAGAUAAUCGAAUACUAUUUCUGUACAGUACACUGGUCUCAUUAGCUGGUUAUAUGGAUGUUUCUCCACUUCGAAUAUCACAUAUUCAG